GGAGCCCAGCGGCGGGUGUGAGAGUCGGUGUUGUGAGUGGCUUCCAGGAUCCUGCGAUCCAGAGAAGCCAGGGUCUGAGCGGCUCCUCCAGAGUUACUGAUCUAUGAAAUGGCAGAGAAUGGAACAAAUUGUGACCAGAGACAUGGAGCAGUGAGUAAGGAACAGCAUAAAGGGAGUUUCACAGACCCCUCUUCAGUCCAUGAGAAGAGGAGAAGGGAUCGGGAAGAAAGACAGAAUGUCGUCCUGUGGAGACAGCCGCUCAUUACCUUGCAGUAUUUCUCUCUGGAAACUCUUGUAGUUUUGAAGGAAUGGACCUCAAAAUUGUGGCAUCGUCAAAGCAUGGUGGUGUCCUUUUUCCUGCUGCUUGCUGCGCUUGUAGCUACGUAUUAUGUGGAAGGAGCACGCCAGCAGUAUGUGUAGCAGAUAGAGAAGUAGUUUCUUUUAUAUGCCUGCUGGAUAGGCCUGGGGAGUCUGUCCUCCGCUGGUCUCGGAACAGGAUUCCUGCUUUAUCUGGGCCCACAUAUAGCUUCAGUUACAUUAGCUGCUUAUGAAUGCAAUUCGGUUAAUUUCCCCGAGCCACCCUAUCCUGACCAGAUUAUCUGCCCAGACGAAGAAGGCACUGAAGGAGCCAUAUCUUUGUGGAGUAUCAUCUCAAGAGUUAGAAUUGAAGCCUGCAUGUGGGGCACUGGGACAGCCACUGGGGAGCUGCCUCUGUAUUUCAUGACCAGGGCAGCUCCCCUCUCAGGUGCUGAACCAGAUGAUGAAGAGUAUCAGGAAUUUGAAGAAAUGCUGGAACACGCAGAGACUGCACAAGACUUUGCAUCACGAGCUAAACUGGUGGUUCAAAAACUAGUACAGAAAGUUGGAUUUUUUGGAAUUUUGGCCUGUGCUUCUAUUCCAAAUGCCCUGUUUGACCUGUCUGGAAUAACAUGUGGACACUUCCUUGUACCUUUUUGGACCUUCUUUGGUGCAACCCUGAUUGGAAAAGCAAUCAUUAAAAUGCAUAUCCAGAAAAUCUUUGUUAUAGUAACUUUCAGCAAGCACAUCGUGGAGCAGAUGGUGGCUUUCAUUGGGGCUGUACCCAGCAUAGGUCCGUCUCUGCAGAGGCCUUUUCAGAAAUACCUGGAGGCCCAGCUACAGAAGCUCCAUCACAGAAGCGAGGCAGGCACAGCGCAGGGAGAAAACUGGUUAUCCUGGACGUUUGAGAAGCUGGUCGUUGCCACGGUGUGUUACUUUAUCCUGUCUAUCAUUAACUCCAUGGUGCAGAGCUAUGCCAAACGAAUCCAGCAGCGCUUGAACUCAGAGGAGAAAACUAAAUAAGCAGAGAGUUUUUAUCUGCAGAAGUUAGCGUGGUGGAGCCCGCCUUACAUCGGGAGGGCUCUCACCAGGAAGGAAGAUCCCCAUUUCCAACCUGUACUGAUUUUUAAAACAUUUCUCCCUGAAAGCAGUUUAGUCCACAUUUUACACUGACAUACUCUUGCUUUCUUUGUUAAGGUAAGGUCUCCACCCUCGAUUC